AUGUACAUGAGAUAUAGAUUGGUUUUUGCAAAGAAGAGUGCGCGGGUUGAGGACUCAGAGCUCCGAAGGUUUGUGCAGGAGCUUAUCCGGGGGUUUGGAGGGCUUGACUUGCUGAGCAGGGUUGAAGUGAGAUGCAGCGGAGGGAUUGUUGUUGUUGAGGGUGACGAGGAGGUCUCGAGUGUUGUGCAUGGAUCUCUAUUUUUCUGUGGGGAAUACAAGUCUGUUAAAUGCAGAUUUGAGCAGGUCGAUUAA